GCCAUAAUCUUUUCUUUUUCCCCAUUCGUCGUCUCCAGGGGGAUUUUGGGAUCCAAAACCCUUACAAGAUCUCUCCUCCGUGUUAUCUAUCUUCAACGUUUCGCGUUUGGUUUCCCGACGCAUUUCCGGUCAUCCCCGGCGUUAGUUUUUCCGAUCAGGCUUCAAAUUAUCGAAGAUGGCUGCUGCAAGAACAGGAGGAAAGUCUUUAAAAGAUUACUUGAAGAAGUAUGAAAGUAGUGAUGUUGUAGAAAAGAAGAAGAAGAUGAAGAAGCAGCAGAAGAAGAAGCCAACUAAACCUGAACCAAAAGGUGUUUUAGUUGUGGAUGAAGAUCCAGUUUGGCAAAAACAGGUUGAUCCUGAAGAGGAAGAUAGUGAAAAUGAUUCAGCAGAGGAAAAACCUUUGGUUGAUGAAGACAUUGAAGUUAAGAGAAUGAGGAGGUUGGAGGAAAUUAGGGCAAGGCGUGCUCAGAAUGCCAUUGCUGAGGAUGGGAGUGGGUGGGUGACGUUACCUCCAAGCCGUGAAGACACUAGAUCUGAUAUUUCUCCUCCACGUAGACAAAGAACUCGCAAUGACUCGCCAUCUCCUGAGCCUGGGCCUAGACGUGAGGUUGCAGAAAGAGUUGAAACAGAUAUGUCACCACCACGUCGGAGAAAACGUCACAAUACGCCUUCACCUGAACCUAACAGAAAACAUGCCAUUAGUUUGGAUUCUGUUAUGUCACCACCUCGCAAAAGAGGAGCCAGGAAAGACUCGCCUUCUCCUGAACCUAACAGAAAACAUGCCAUCAGUUUGGAUACUGAUAUGUCACCACCGCGCAAAAGAAAAGCCAGGAAUGACUCACCUUCUCCUGAACCUGACAAUAAAGGCCCCAAGAGUGAAGAUCUAUCUACUCCUCGCAGGAGACAUAUUCAUUCUCCAUCACAUGAAUCUAGCAGAAGGCGUUCAGAUUCUGUGGAGGUGGACGCUGAUUUAUCUCCACCACGCAGGAAAAGGGAUUUACAUGGUUCACCUGUCUCAGAUGUAAAAAGGAAGAGCAGUGACCUUUCUCCUCCUCGGAGAAGACGAUACCAUUCUCCAUCACCUGAACCGGGUAGAAGGCCUUCAAGAUCUAUCGCCUCGAAUGCUGACAUAUCUCCACCCCGCAGGAAUAUGAAUAUGAAGGGUUCUCGAGACUCAGAUCUUUCUCCUCAGAGAAAAACUGCGGAUUCUCGACGUUCGUCUGAUAAUGUGUCCAGGAAUUCCAAUUUGGAUAGCUCUCCUCCAAGGAGACCUCGCAGAGAAUCACCACCUCCUCAAACAGCUAAAGAGCAACGAAAGACCGGACUGAUUAGUGGCAAAGACAUUGGAAGUGAAUAUCGAAAGAAAAAGGAGGAUGAACAAUUGAGGUUUAAAAAUAUGGAUUCCGAGCUAACUGGUCAAAAUGCAGAAGCAGUGUUCCGUGACAAGAUCACAGGGAAGCGUAUAACAAAGGAGGAAUAUCUUAAAUCCAAGGAAAAAAAAGUGAUUGAGAAGCCAAAGGAGAUAAAACUGGAAUGGGGCAAAGGUUUAGCUCAAAAGCGUGAAGCUGAAGCUAGACUAGAGGAACUUGAGCUUGAGAAGGAGAAGCCGUUUGCUCGGACAAGGGAUGACCCCGAGCUUGAUCAAAUGAUGAAAGAAAGAGUUCGAUGGGGAGAUCCAAUGGCUCAUUUGGUCAAGAAAAAGCAGCACGAGACAACUCUUGUGGAUCUAGGAGACGACGAGAAGAUGAAAAAAUCUGGGUUUAUUAUACCACAAACUGUGCCUAAACAUAGUUGGUUGACAAGAGGACUAGAAGCUGCUACAAACCGGUAUGGAAUUAAACCGGGUAGACACUGGGAUGGGGUGGACCGUAGUAACGGAACUGAGAAGCAAUUGAUCAAGAAGACCAAUGAGAAGAAAGCAACGGAAAUAGAGGCUUAUCUCUGGUCUGUUGCAGACAUGUAAAAUCAGAUUUUGUUCGGCAGAAAUGUGGUUUUGAUUCAGGAGAUAACAACAACCUUUCUAAACAGAGGAAGUUUGUAUUUGUUCUAUAUGUUUGGAUAGCUGAACCUUUUAGUGCAAUUCUGGAUCUGGUUCGAAAUGUGAGAUAACCAUAUAUAGUUUGGCCCGA